UGCCAACCCAGAACAAUCACAAUGGACGAGGCAAUCAGCGCAGACGAAAUCGCCCUCUACGACCGCCAAAUCCGCCUCUGGGGCCUCCAAGCCCAACAACGCCUGCGAAACGCUAAUAUCCUCCUCAUCUCCCUCCACGCCCUCUCAGCCGAAACCGCCAAAAACCUCGUCCUCGCCGGAAUCGGGCGUUUAACACUCCUAGAUCCCUGCCGCGUCUCCCCCUCCGAUCUCGGUGCGAACUUUUUCCUGGAAGAAGGCGAUGUGGGAAAGGGGAGAGCGGAGGCAGUGGUGGAGAGGGUGAAGAGGUUGAAUCCGAGGGUUGAGGUUGUUGUUGAUAGGGGGUUGGUCGGGGAGAGGGAUGAAGGAUUUUUUGGGGGGUUUGAUUUGGUUGUUGCGACGGAGAUGGGGUUUGAUGAGCUCGUCAAGAUCAACAACCACUGCCGGAAUACGAAUACCCCAUUCUACGCAGCAGCCACCCACGGCCUCUACGGCUACAUCUUCGCCGAUCUAGGGUCGCACACCUAUACCCUCUCCUCACCCGACCCAAAAGCAAAAGUGGUACCCAGGCAAACACCACCAAUGAUCACGACCCCACACACAAAAACCUGGGACCCCCUCUCCACAGUCCUAGGCGAAGAGCGAAAAGAGGCAUUUGGGACGGGAAUGAGGCCGAAACUUAGGAAGAGGGUGAGUCCCGUCUUACCGGCUCUAUUAGCGACAUGGGAUAUCUAUCCCCACAUUCACCCCGCCCACCCCGAACCCAUCGACCCAGACCCCAUCACGAUCGCAGAUUUCUCCGCAGCAACACACUCCGCCGCCCGCUCUCUCGGCCUGGACGCAGACCUCCUCAUCACGGAAUCCUUCGUAGAGAGCUGGGUAAGCGGGUUCGGGACGGAAUUGAGUCCGGUUGCGGCGGUGGUGGGGGGUGUGUUGGCGCAGGAUGUGUUGAAUGUGUUGAGUGGGCGGGAGGAGCCGAUUAGGAAUUUGUUUGUGUUUGAUGGGGAGCAGGGAGGGGCUGGGCCGAUUUAUUCGAUUUAA